AUGGCCGGCUCCAAAAUCUACCGUUUCGAUGAGGUGGCCAAGCACGAUGAUGCCGAGGAUUGCUGGCUCAUCGUCUCCGGAAAGGUCUACGAUGUCUCCUCGUACAUGGCCGAGCAUCCCGGUGGUCGCGACGUGUUGCUGUCGGCGACCGGAAAGGAUGCAACGGUUGAAUUUGAUAAUGUCGGUCACAGUUCGUCCGGCAGGGAGCUGAUGGACAACUACUGCGUCGGGACGAUCGAUUCCUCGACUCUUCCAAAGGAUGGUGACCGUGUGAAGCCUCAGCAAGCACCCGAAGGCAGUGCAGAUAGGACUCCGGAGUUUGCGAUGAGAAUAUUACAGUUCAUUGCGCCCGUGAUGAUUCUUGGCUUCGCCUUUGUCGUCCGACAUUUUACCAAGUAGAUUACGAAGAUCUAAGAAUCCGGAAGAUAUAGCCUUGCAAGCACUAUUUCUCUGUUUCCGAUGUAAUAUUCUUGUGUUUGAAAGUAGAAAUCUGUGUAGAAAUGCUA